CUCGAAGUGGGUCAAGAAUUCCCGCAGGGCGGUUUGUCGUGCAGGACACAGGUCCAUACACCAUGACUCAGUAUUAACAUCUUGCAAUGUUCUGAGCAAUAGUUUAUUCAGCUCUCAAAGGUUACGUGAUUGGGCUACUGCCAAGUGGCAUGUUGCAAGGAAAUGGCACCGCGGCGAGUAGGCAACGCGGUCGUGCUCUUGCAUGGCGUGAAUUGGGUAUAGCUGCCGCCCGUGAAGAUGCGGACAAACGACAACGACUUCAGCGACGCGUGGAGCGGCGCGCGCUGCAGUAUCAAGCGAUGGUGGAGGCAACGGAGCUGGAGAAGACGAUAGAAGCCAGGCGCUGCAAGCUCUGCGACAUGUUGCGCGCAGAGGCCUGGGGCCUAGGCCACACCAACUGGCAGGAGCGGAGGUGUGGGCGUUGCUGGGUGGAACACGCAGAUGAGCUAGCCAGGCAGCGACACGGCCUUCCAGUAGCAGCAGCAGCAGCUGACCCUGCUGGCGGAGCCGCCCUCGGCAGUGCUGCUGGCGCAACGGCAGCUGUGGAGGCGGAGGCGGCGGUGCCCCUAGCAGCGCUGCUUGAUGCCGUACUGCCGGACCAGGUGGAUGACGUCAUCUCGGCGCUGCGGACCCGUGACGCGGACCAGCUGAUGCAGCUGCUGGAUGGCAGGAGCCUGGAGCGGUUCUCCGGGCAGGGCGGCUGGGCACGUGGGGCUGCUGCGCGGCCGCACCUCGCCCCCGACCCGGAGCACCCGCGGGAGGGGUGGUACUACCAUGACGCAGUGCUGGGGGCGGCGGAGCAGCCGGGGAGCCACGGGGAGGCACAGCGAGGGGCAGGCGAGGCCACGGCUGCAGCGGCGGGGCUGCCCGGUAGAGCUGCCUCACCCACGCACCCACCACGUAGCGUUGAGCCGGACCAGGAAUACCAGUCGCAGCAACAGCAGCAGGGGCCGCAGGGGCCACAGCGACAACGGCAGCAGAAACCGCACGGCACCGCAGCAACCAGCCCGGCAGGUGGUGCCGCUGCGGGUGGACCGCAAGGCAGGGCCGUACGGACUGCACGACAGGUAGAUGACCCAGAUGACAGUGAUGGUAGCGGUACCGGGGAUGGCAAUUCGGAGCUUAGUUUUGCUCCAGAGGGACCGCUUGCUACCGAACAACCGCCGCCGCCGUCACCGCCACCACCGCACCUACUUACACCGCUAUCCAAGCAACGGAAAGACCAGCAGCCUCACGCACCGCCACCGCAACAACCCCAGCAGCGCAGCACGGUAUCGCCCCAGGCGGAGGCGACAAUCCAUGGCGUGAGGCGGCGGCCCAAGUCCGCAGCCGCCCCCAGCAGCAGCCCGCAGCACCCAGAGCCGCGGCCGCUGCCCAGCAAGCUGCGCCCGCUGCCCUCUGGUGAGGCGGCGCUGCAGGCGGAGCUGCAGGAGGCGGAGCGGCUGGUGGUGUUUGGGGCCACGCAGCGGCAGCGAAGCGAGGCACUUUUCUACAGCCACCAGCUGCGCUCAGCGCUAGCUGACCUGCGGCUGGUGGACCGCAAGGCCGCCAGGGUGACUGCCGUACACCGGUACGACGUACGGCGGGACGCACGCGACGCGGAGGGCUGCAAGCGGGUCAUUCGGGAGGGCCGACCUGAGCGGGCGCCCAGCCCCACCACGCUGCGCCGCCUGCUGGUUCCGGAGAGCCUCUACGUGGACCCGCCCAAGCGCUCCCCGCGCUGGCUGGAGCACAUCCACCCCGACCGCCCCGACCCCCUGAAGGCGGCGGACGCAGUGACGUGGCGGCCGCCAGCGGGCAAGACGCCGCCGCCGAAGCACACUCCAGGCAUGCAGUCCGCGGGCGACUGGAGCGAGUACCGAUAUGAUUGGGACCUGGCGCGCAUUCGCUCAAUGCCGGUAGACGACUACAUGAGCUCAAGACGGAAGGAGCGGGAAUAUCGCAUUGCCUGGGCGGAGCUGCAGGCACAUGCUCACGUCUUUGGCGAUGCAGCAGCGGGGAAGGCUGGGGCAGUGGAGAGCGUGCGCUCGGGCUACGUAUGAAGUGUGGAAGCAGCUGAAAGCGCAUUUGCAUGACAUUGAGCAUCUGACUGUGAGGAGGACAGGCGAUUUCUAGGACUACUACAUCCAUACCAUUCUCGUGUAAGGUACAUAGCCAAAUGUUAAAGAACUGCCGUUAAUAUUGCUGGUAGCACCUAGCUGCAGUGCACACUUGAUCCAGGACGGAAUCCAUAAUGCGGAUUCGAGAAGACAGUAAUGGCGAGGGUUGAGACAGUCAUUCGACAUUUUAUUGUAUCUUAUUCACGAAUGUCAAGUUAGUCGCCAUGAGUGGAUUACCAGCCGGCUGGGCCGCUGGCAUAGUUGUGACGACUAGUGGGCUUGCGAAACAGGACAAGCUAUGGGCACAACAGGCUAUCAGACAGGCUGGAGGAGACUACUCUCCCAACCUCUCAAGACGCUGUACGCACGUUCUUACGCGUGAUGGAGUACGCAGCGACAAAAUUGAUGCUAUCCGUAGCAACCCGCAUCUCUGGCCACAGGCCAUCGUAAGCGUAGAUUGGUUGUCAGCCUGCGAAGCUUCCGCUGCGCGGCUCCCGCCUGAGCAGUAUGCCUUGGAAUCUCAGGGUCAGCGGCCACCGCUGGGUACCCGGCAGCAGGCAUCGGGAAGUCAGCUGCAACGUAGCCAGGCUACCGGGCGAAGCAGCGGCAGCGGUCGCCGCAUAAAUGCCAACUCAAACAGCAGCACUAGCGGCGUUGGUGCUGUUGGUGCAGCACCAUCUUCCGCCAAGCAGCAGGCAAAUAAACCUUUCACGCUUGCCAACACUCCCUGGGUCCUGGGAGAGUCCCGCAUCAAGGAGGAACCCCUAACGUCCUCGGGAAAGCAGCGAGGACCCUGGUUCCCUGAACCACCCCCAGCGCCAGCAGCCAUCGUCCCACCUGCACCUGCCACAACCGCCCACAAGCCCGCGCCUUGGCGUGUGCACUUUAGCCAGGUUGAGGAGGACCCCCUGACCUUCCAGGCUCCAACCUCAGUCCAGGCAGUGGCUGAGGUCACGAAACGGCCAUGGCGCGUGCGGGUCUCCACAGUACCAGAGGAGGGGCCCGAGGUGCCACCCGAUGUGCCGGCGAUAGGAGCAGCCGCCGGCGAAGCGGACGGGCAGCCUGCUCGACUGCCCGCCUUUGAUGAAAGCGAGGAGCAGCUCGAGGGCGUUGGCGGUGCCGCUGGGCUGGCUCUGCCGGUCAAGCCCUGGCACGUACGGCACCUGGAAAUGUCGGCAGAUGACAGCACGGACCGGCCGCUGGCAGCAGCAGCCGGCAUAGGGGCCGGUGCCGCUGCGGUAGCCGGCGCUCCAGUCACCACAGGCGCAGAUCGUACGACAUCCUAUAGCACUAGCGUCACCGCCGCCGCCACCAGCAGCGCAGUAACCACUAGCCGACAUGCACACCCCGCGCAUGGCGGGCUGCUAACGAGCGCUGCAGACCAUGUACUGCACAUGGAGGUUGGCACGGGGCCUCGUGGGGAUGCUGCUGCUGCUGCUGGUGACGACGGCGGCAACACGGGGUUGCAGCAGGAGCGGCACCCGGCCGCCAUGGCCCUCCUGGAGGCGCUGGCGUCGCCCAGGUCCUCCCAGGGCUCGGUGCUGGGCGGCGGCAGCACGGUGGCGGGACAUGCAGGUGCCGCGGGGGGCCUAGCGCACAGGUUGGUGCCGCCGCUGCCGACGGCAUUGCAGGGCCCUCCACUUGGCGCCAGCGCAGCCGGAGAGCGGCAAGUGGCGCAGCGCGGUGCUGCAGCAGCUACCUUCCCAUGUGUCCCGGCUGCGGACUGCUGGGCGACGAAUGGCCAAGAGUUCUCCCUGACGCAGCUGGCAGCCGACUUGCAGGUGCUUCGCCAGGGCAUGGAUCUGCAGGGGGAGCCGCAGCAGCCGCAACGAGGACGGCAGGAGCGGGUGCAGCAGCAAGAGCAGCAAGUUGCCAGGCCGAGGGAUGCCAGUGGCAACACAACCGCUGGUACGGACUUGCGCGGCACAAGUGACUACGGUGGCGCUGGGCAAUGGCGUGGCAUGGCCGGCCCCCAAACCUCCGGGCUGGGUUGGGCGGACGAACGGCGUGAAGCCGGCGGGCAGGCCCCUCGUGCAGGACCCCUGCCUGAGUUGCACGUCAGCGUUGACGAGGAGGAGGGCGAUUCCUCCUGGAUGGCCCCGCCUCUGUCGCAACUGGCGGCCGCGAUGAGGGAGGCCAGGUGCGGACUGGGGCAGCAGCCAGCGCAGCAGCCGCAGCCAUCAGACAUGACGGCGGACGUCACAGCUGCAGGGCCAGGAUUUGCCGCCACGGAAGGCCGACCUUCCUCGCAUGCAAGCCUAAACACAUGGCAGCAGCAGCAGCAAGAGCGGCAGGCGGCUGAGCCGGAAUCACUAGCACCCGCAAGGGAUGCCGGCAACAACACCAACACGCGGGCGGACUUGCGCGGCACUAGUGGUUAUGGAAGCACUGGACAACGGCACGGCAAUGCUGGUCCCGCAGGGCAGGGCUUGACUGCUGGUGGCCGGCGUGACGGUGGCGGGCAGGCGCCUCACGUGGGUCCCGUGCUGCACGGCAGGGUCGAAGACGAGGGGGGCGAUUCCUCCUGGAUGGCUCCGCCGCUGUCGCAGCUGGCGGUGCAGAUGCGGGAGGUCAGGUGCGGACUCGGGCAGCAGCCAGCGCAGCGGCCGCAACCAGACAGAGAAGCCUUUGAUCCUAUCUCAGCACCGCGGGUAGGGCAUGUGACCGCAGAAGACCCUCCCGCAUCGCAUGCAAGCCUCAACGCAUGGCAGCAGCAACAGCCUUCUCCGGCCCUAGGUCUGGCUCGUUCGGAUCCCGCAUGGCGCCAGCAAGACCCGCCCCUGGCGGCAGCUCCUGUAUUGCGCGACAGCUGGCAGGCUUUCCAUCCGGCCGCAGACAGGCCUGGCGCAGUGACCAGCCCGCCCCCCGGCCCCGCGGCGAGACAUCAGGUGCAGCAGCCCCAGGCAGAGACGACGCCCCCAGGGCGGCACGCCUGGGAUGCCCCUGGCCAUGCGGAGGGUCAGGGCCAGGACCAGGCGCCGGGUCUCAUGACGCAGCUCAUCAAGGGACUCCGGGAGGCUCGGCAGGGGCUGCAGCCCCGGGAGUCAGUAAGCAACGCAGCGGCGGCGGCGGCGGCUGCCGAGCAGCAGCAGGCUCGUGGUCGGGGAGUGGUAGAGAACCAACCUGCGGAGGUGGCCGGCAGUGGUAUGCAAGUCAUGCGGACAAGCGUCGCGUCGCCAACGCUGGCAGAGCGCUGGGGGCUGGCGGAGGAAGCGCCAGCGCCUCGGGUGCAUGAGCGGGGGGUGGCAGGGAGAGAAGAAGCCUCCAUGCAGCAAGCUGCCAGACCGGAGGUGGGCGUGAGCAGAGCCGUCCCGGGCGCUGGACAGGUCGGUGACCGCACCGCAGCCGCGACUACCGCCAACUGGGCUGCCAGCAAUGCCGGAGGCUGGAUGGUGGCAGGUGGUUCAGACGUUCCGUCCCUGUCGCAGUUCGUCGCAGAUAUGCGUCAAGUACGAGAGGGCCUCCGAGGCCCCGGCGGUGCGGACAGGGACGCGUACGUCGUAAAGGAGGAGGUGCAGAUCCCUGACCCAGCCGCUUACGGGGCGGACGUGUCCUCGUACGGCAUGGGCAGGCCCUUUCCGGAGGCGGAAGAGCCCCGUCCUGCCGCUUUGGUCCCCCGGCAGCGUGCUUCACCGCAGCGCCCGCAGCAGCCAACAGCUGGUGGAGCGUACGGCGGCGACGGUACGACGGAGCAGGUCGAGGGGCGGGUCCAUCCCGCUUUCGGGGACCGGCAGACACUCCCCGAGGAAGACGAAGGCGCCAGCUGCGCCCAUGCAGCCGCACCUGCGGCCCCGGAAGACGACAUCAGCUUAUCCCAGAUGAUUAGCCUGUUGCAGCGGCAAAAGCUGAACCGCCAACGCGACUGCGCCCCGCCCCCGCCCCAGCAGGCCCCGCGUGACUCCCGACUGGAGCCGCAGCUGCCUGCCCACGACCCGGACCCUGCUCGCGGAUGCGGCAUGCCAUCCGGGUUGGCGGCUUGGGAGGAGCGCUUCGCAGCAGGUGCCAGCGGCGACGGCAGCCGCUCACCUCGGCACGGCUUUCCAGUGUCUUCGGCGCCAGGGCUGGUAGGCGGUGCUGCCAGCGGGUCGGUCAUGCAAGCCCAGGUGGGCCGGGAUGCAUACCAGCCAUUUACCGGCUUGGGCGGUGCCCUAGGACCUGAAUACUCACCCAGGUUGUGGCCGUCUGGCACAUCCGGCGGCGGCGAGGCCCCCGCGGCGGCUGGAGCGGAGCAUGAACGGAGGGAUGACUGGUUUUCUGGAUUGCAACGGCUUGACGGGCCGUCUUGGAGAGAACAGCAGGGAGAUCGGUACGCAGCGGACGUCAACGAGGGGGAUGGCGGCAUGGACUGGGAGCAAGGCCCUGUAACCGGGGUCACUGCUGCGCAGCAAUUCCCAGCGGACGACGCUGGCAUGGCCCUGCGCGCUGAGGAGAGGGUGCAGGUCGUGCACGUUGCGGCGGCGGAUGGUCUGCCGUGGUCGGACCGCCGACCUGCGCCAUCAGAGCCUAGCAGGCUCCCUGCAGCCAGCCCAGCCACAGCAACAGCCUCAGCAGCAGCAGCCGAGACACCCGAGUCCCCCGGAACUGCAACCCCAGGCGAUGAUGAGCCGGACUGCCAGGGCCUCCCAGCCGCCCAUCAGGGCCCGUACGGUCCCGUGUCCGCGACAACGGCCGAGGAGCCAGCGAGGAGCUUCACACCCAUGUCCUCGGAGGGCGGAUCUGACAUGACCCUGCGACCCGAGGAAGAAUCGGAUUCGGAGCCCUGCUUAGAGGCCACGGCUGCAGGGGAGGCGCAGGGGCACGCGGCUGCCGUCAUGCCGGGGGCUGCAGCUGCCAGCCAGAGCCCCGAGCUGCGCCCCACGGCCUUAUUGAGCCGCUUCGGGCAGCUGUCACCCCUGGAGCAGCCACCGUUGCAACAUGCUGCAGCUGGAGGUGAGGAGGCAGCUGGAGGUGAGGCUGGGAGUGGUGCAACAGCUGGGAGGAACCUCGGGGCGGUGCCGCAGUUGGGACAUGGCGCCUGCAUGAGUCCGCUAACCUUGCAGCUGCCAGCACGCCAGGGGGGGCAGCAGGAGCCGGGGGAGCAGGGGCAGCACGGCAUGCAGACGCCAACUGCAGGGGGCGCGGAGCUACGGACGCCAACCGCGGCCAUGACGGCGGCAGGGUCGGCGUCGGAGUUUAGCUUUGGUGUGGGAGUGAGGAGCAGGCGGUGCAGCGGCGGCAAAGGCGGCAGUGGUGCGGGCGGUAGCGGUACUGGUACUGGUAGUGGUGGCGGAGUACGGGUGGACUCGAAGCGUGCAGCGCGCAAAAUGGAUUCUCGCACGCCGUCGCUUCUGUCGACGCAAGGCCGGCGCAAGCGGCGCGAGCAGCGAGGCACGCCGGUCGCUAUGAAGGGGGCGCCGCCGCCAUUGCGACUCCCCUCGCCUGACUGCUCGGAACCGCUGCCGCAGCAGCAGGAGCAGCAGCAGCAGCAGACGCGUGCCAGCGGGUGCGGCGUCCCGGAGCCUGCACGGGUAUCAACGGAUCCUCGGCUGACAUAUCCACAGGUAAAGGUUGAGCCGCAGCCUUCGCAGCCCCUGCAGCAGCAGCAGUCUUCACAGCAGCCCUCACGGCCGCAGCAGCGGGCGCAGCGGCGCACCUCCCAGCGGGCAGCGGCGCCCCCAGGGACUCUCAGGAGCCUGCUGCAACCCCAACAACAGCAGCAGCACUCCUCAGCUGGCUCCCAGCGCUUGAGUCAAGCCCACAGCGUUUCCUCCGUCGCUGCCACCGCCUCGCAGACCUCCUCCCAAUACCCCAGCCAGGCCCCAAGCCUCAGCACCAUGCUGCGCUGCACCUCCUCCUCCCAGUACGGCUCCGGUUACAAGCAGGAGGAGGUGCGGGUGCUGGGCCCGGAGCAGAUCCUGCAACGCACCUCACAAAUGCCUUGGGCCAUGCACUCCCAGAGCCAGGCCAGUCGGCGGCCCGCUACACAGCUAGGUGGCGGCGGCGGAUGCAGUGCCGACGUCCCGACCAACUGCGGCACCCAGGAUCUGGAUGAGGUCAUGCCCACCACGCCGGGCCCCUGGACGGACAGCAGCGACAGCGAGGAGGGUGAGGCGCUCGACACGGGCGCGAUUGUGCGAGCGGGCAGGGCAGCAAUGUUGGCGGCAGGCAGCCAACGCCCGAGCACGUCAGCAUGCGCUGUUGCUACUGCUGGGGAUCCCCAGACCGGAGGCAGACCCGCGGCAUUCGUAAGAGGAGCAUGUGGGGCUACCGCGGAGCUCCCCAGGGCGGAUGGCACGAACAGCGGCGGCGGCUCCUCUUCAAGCGAGGACGACAGGGAGGACAGCGAGGGCGAGCAGCCUGUGUGGCGGUUCGGUAAGGGCCGACCGCAGCCCCCGGUCGCUGUCUCACACCGGCGGAACAGCUCCUCCUCCGUCACCACCCCGGCUGCGGCCUCCGGGCUGCAGCAACCGCGGGCCCAGCAGCAGCAGCUGCAAGGCCACGUCAUCGGCCCCAAGCCGCAGCAGCUCACGGCGCACGAUGUGGCCCUGGCCGCCAUGCAUCCCCUGCCCCCGGGCUCGCAGUCCCAGCAUGACGAGCUUCCUGAGCAGGAGCCGGCCACCGCAGCAGCGCCGUGGCAGGAGGGCGGCCUCCCAGCAGGGGAGCUGCAAACGCCCAGCCAGCAGUCCGUACCGCCGCUGGAUCUCUCCCUGGGCGGAUCCAGCUGCUCCGGCGGGCCGUCGGUACGGCAGGUACCUGGUGCGGCUCUGGAGCAGGCGACCGAGGCGCUGGGGUCUUUAGGUCUGCAGGGUGGUGAGGGAGCGGUUGCGUCGCAACGCGGUACCGGAGCUGCUGCCGGGGGUGUUGAGUGUGGUCAGGAGCGCGGGCUGGGGCUGGACGCCCGGACGCCGCCGCAGGGGCUUCAGCCGGGAGGGGGUUCUGGUGUGGAUGUGGAGAGGGACAGUAGGCAGGGCUGGGGCCCGGGCGGCGGGUGCAGGCUGGCGGGUGCGGCUGUCAUCGUGGACCGCUGCUUGGCGGAGCAGCAGGCAGCGACGUGUGCCGCAGCGGUGGAGGCGCUGGGCGGCCACGUCAGCGGCGCCUCCCACCUGGGCUGCGGCGCCGCGGCGGUGGUGUGCGACCCGGCGCGCGCGGGGCACUGGCUGGCAUGGGGCGCACACCUGCUCUCACCGCGCAGCAUUACCAGGCUCGCCGGCAAGUGCCAUGUGGGCGACAGCGGAGGCGGCAGGCCGCAUGCCGCAGCCAAACCCGCUGAGCCCGGCGACUUGGUUUGCAUGUCACGCGGAAUCCUGCACGCGCUGCAGGACCUGGUAGCAGACGCAUGCUCGGACGGUGGCACCGGGCGGACCGCCGGGCUGCAGCGCACUGACGCGACUGCAGCGGCGAUGAGGGGCAGCGGGCGGGCGGGCAGCGGUGGUAGUAGUGGCUGUGGUGACCCGCAGGCGGCGAGCGGCGACCCCUGGCCCACUCGUGAGGCGCGCCGGCAAUUCCUGCUGGACCUCAAAGCCACAGAGACGGCCCUUGGCACGCGCAUACUGGGUCUGGGCCUGGGCGGAUCGAGUGGCGGCAUCACCGGCGGCCGAGUGGCGCCCUUCGCCCCCCUGGCGCUGUUGGAGGACAUCUCCUGGGCGGUUACGGAGCCGGCCGAGGCCGCACAAACCACCGCCCACAAUCCGUUGGAAGGGGAGGAGGGCGACGGCGCGCGCAUGGGCUCUGAAUGGGCUGGCUUUGUGGAAACCGGAAUGGGCUUUGCAGCGACGCAGAGCGACCCAUGGGGCCAAAUUAGAACGGGACCGGACGCCGCUGUCGAACCGCGUCUUGUACGGCAACAUGACCUGGAUGCGGUGGUGUUUGCGGGCCCCCGCCUCACGCUGCUGCUGCCCCAAGACGAGUACGGCGUGCUGGGGCACCACGCCAUCACACUCGUCCAACGCAGCACGCCGCAUGUACGACACAAGAACGCCGCCAACGGCAGCAGCUACGGCAGCCCAGCCAUUGGUACUGCAGGUAUCACUGUGCGGGACGUGUUGACCGCAGUGCAGCAGCACUAUCAGGAGGAGCUAUCGCCGGAGGAGAUGGCUGCAGCCAU